AUGCCUCGAUUUGAUGAUCGAUAUGGAAACACUCGUCUCUACGUUGGCCGUUUGUCAUCUAGGACUCGUUCCAGGGAUCUUGAGCGUCUUUUCAGCAGAUACGGAAGAGUAAGAGAUGUUGAUAUGAAGCGUGACUAUGCCUUUGUUGAAUUUAGUGAUCCUCGUGAUGCUGAUGACGCAAGAUACUACUUAGAUGGACGAGACUUUGAUGGAAGUCGCAUCACUGUAGAGGCUUCCAGAGGGGCACCGCGUGGUUCUCGUGAUAGUGGUAGCAGAGGUCCACCUCCUGGUUCUGGUCGCUGUUUUAACUGUGGUGUUGAUGGUCAUUGGGCUCGAGACUGCACAGCAGGAGACUGGAAGAACAAAUGUUACCGCUGUGGUGAAAGAGGACACAUUGAGAGAAACUGCAAGAACAGUCCUAGUCCUAAGAAGGCCAGGCGUGGUGGAAGCUACUCCAGGUCACCAGUUAAAUCCCGCUCCCCACCUCGCCGCAGAAGAAGCCCAAGCCGUAGCCGUAGUUACAGUCGUGGUCAUAGUCGUUCACGGUCGCCAGUGAGAAGAGAGAGGAGUGUAGAGGAUAGAUCACUCAGUCCCAAGGCAAUGGAGAGAUCCGUAUCUCCCCGAGGCAAAGACCAAAGCAUGAGUCCAGACAGAAGAAUCAUAGAUGCAAGCCCAAUACGUGAGAAGGAAGACAAAUCAGACUAUGAAGGUAGUCCAAGAGAGAAUGGUAAUGGCAAGAACUCUGUGAGUCCCAUUGCGGGAGGUGAAGAAAGUCCUGCUCAAGACAGGAGUCCCAUUGAUGAUGAGCCUGAGCUUAACCGUUCUUCCCCUAAAGGCAGCCAGUCACCUUGAUGGUUCAUUGCCCCUAACAGGGUAAGAAUCUCAAAUGUAUCAUUAUGUGUCAAUGGAUGUUGUUCCUUCCUUGAACUUUUACUUUGUUGUCUCUUUGGUUUGUCUUUGAGACAGCUUCCAAACUGUCUUGUUUUUAGCAAAACAUAUUUAUAAUAUUCCCGUUUGUAAACUCUUGUAAGAAUAAAGCUUUGGCCUAUUUAUGCAUUUU